UCCAGGAUGUCGCACGGCGCUAAGUUUUAGCUUCAAGUAUUCAAUUAAUAAAAACGAUUAGCUUUAAAACAGGAGGUCGCUGGGGGUAUUUUCUAAACAUAGAAAGUGAUUAGAAGCAGCUAAUUAAACAUUUAUGCUUUUUAACGCUACAAUGGUGGCUGAAUGUGACUGUGUCUGCGGUACGUCAACCUGAGCGGGCUAAGCUACGAGCUAGCCGCGGCUAAUCUUCAGCUGGUGUUUGGACAUGGCAGCGGGGGGCUCUCUGGAGUCCACCUUAGACAGGAAGUUUCAAAAUGUGAGCAACACGAUGGACUCAAUUCAAGGACUGUCAACGUGGUGCAUCGACAACAAGAAAUACCACAGCCUGAUCGUACGGCACUGGUCCAAGUGUCUAAAGAAAUCUGACGCCCCACACAGGCUCAACCUGAUUUACCUCGCCAACGAUGUCAUUCAAAACUGUAAAAGGAAAAACGCCAUUGUUUACCGCACUGCGUUUGCCGAGGUGCUUCCUGAGGCCUUCUCGCAGGUCAACAUCGAAGGUGACGCCAAGGUGGUUAAAUCGGUGGAGAGGAUACUGUCCAUCUGGGAGGAGAGAAAUGUUUAUUCAGGGGCGCUCAUUGCCGAGCUCAGAAGUAGCUUAGUCAAAGAAGAGUCUCCUCCCGAGACACCUGUGGAGCAAAAAACUCCAGUUGAGUCUAAAGCAGAUCUGCAGUCCAAGAUUGUUGCAGAGUUUGUGCCGCAGGCACUAAUAGAGCACCUGAUCAAGUACAAGAAAUCUCUGGAGGAGGUGGACCUGAGAGAAAAACAGUUGACAGCUAUGAGGGUUGAUAUCUGCAGUUCUGAAGCCCUCAAAAAACUCAAAGAUAAGGCAGGAGGAAAGAAGUUUUCUAGAGACUUUGAGGAAGGAAGUGCCCAGCUACAGGAGUUUGUGAAGUUCUUUGACAAAAAAAGCAAAGUGGGACCUCCUCUCAUGGAGGCCCUGAGCAACGCAGAUAUCUUCUAUGAGAUGCAGUACAAGGAGGUCAAGAUUGUUGCAAAUGCCUACCAAACAUUUGCUAACCGGGUGUCCCACCUGAAGCGCAAGCUGGACAGCCUGAAGGCCACCUUACCAGACCUGGAUGAUUCACCCAUUCCUUCACCCUCUGCAGACGCACCGUCUCCAACAGGAUCCGAGUCUCCUUUCCACGGUCUAGAAUUGGCUAGUCCUGAUCCAGAUCUUGAUGGCUCUGCUAUGGAUGAUGAAGCAGAGCCGCCGGCUCCGAGUCCUCUGUCCUCACCCGGAGGAUCCCCCAAACGCACAGCGACGCUCGGGGAGAAUGAUAAUCGUGAGGUGGAGGACAUGGAGCUCUCUGAUGAAGAAAUGGACGGUGGGGGUAUUAUAGUUGAGGAGCAGAUUGAACAACCCACCCACACAGAGGUCUCCAUUCCAGUCUCUGCAAACACUGAACCAUCAGUAGCAUCACAGCAGCCUGUGCCACAGGCCAUGCCCCUUGAAGCAGCUCCUGCAGCAGGUGUGGAAGGUGUUGACCUGAGUAAAAUUGGAUCCAUCCUCAACAGUUUAAAUUCAGUCAUGAAGAACACCGGACCAUUAGUAGAGAGUCCCUCUGCAGCUGCCCUCACUGGCUCCUCAGUGAAGACCAAGCCAGCUGCAUCUGUGGCCUCUCAAGAUGCCAGUUCUCUGGUCAACCUCCUUUCCAAGGUGGAUGUGAGUCCCGCAGAUCUCCUCGGUGCUCUGUCCAAAGUCCAAGGCCAAAAUCAAGGCAGCCUUGAGGGCAUUACUUCUCUUCUGAGCAGCUCAACUACAAAUGUCUCUUCAGACUCUUCAAGUACAGGCAAGAUUCUUCCCUCUUCUGCAUCUGCAGUGCCCUCUCAGAGCCUGUCUGUCUCCUCUGUUGCCCCUGUGCCUUCUUCAUCCACCUCCACUGUAAAGCAGACCACAAACUCCCGCGUUCCCCCUCAGUCUGCCAACCCAGCCUCUGCUCUGGUGCAAGCUCUCCACAGAGACAUGGAUUUGACAGCAGAGACAGAACCCUCCUUGUCUUCUAAGAGUUUAGAGUCUAAAAUCCACAGCUUUCUGCAUGGUAACCCUGCUUUCAACACCUUCGACUUGGGUAUCUCAACAAACCCAACUGUUGGAGGGGAUAACCUGAGCCCGGUACCUGGAACAGAUACUCAGGAUGGUACCCCAGUGCGGGAUGAGGGUGGAGGCACCCCAACUCAAGAUGAGAUUAUGGACAACUCAGCGGGGCUCCCAUUCGCUUCCAGCACAAAGCCGCCAUCUAUUGUAGAUACUGUAAAAACAGUUCCCGUUGCCUAUAAAGCCGGAACUCAGAAGAACCCAAACAAUCCCCAACAGCAAGCCCACCUACAGCCGGCUGUGACUCAGAACGGCAAUCUCUACCAGUCGUACCCGUAUGGUGAGCAGGAGAUGUCAGAGCAUGGCAUUACAACACCUGUUGCACAUUACCAACCAAUUCCUGCACAAAGUGGGGGACCUGUGCCUGGAGAAAGAGCCCCAGGCAGUGCCAGUUGCAGACAGACAGUUGGGGGUUUUCAGGGGGUAAAUGAAGGGGGUUGGUAUGGUGACACUUACCCAGAGGGGAGCUCUCAGCAGCCCACAGGCUACAAUGUGAUAAUGCCUGGAGGGGCUGGAGAUAACAAGAUAUCAGGACACUAUCCAUACCAACCAGAACAAACUCAGGGACCUCAAGAGUUGGCGUCCCAGCAGGGCUCCGCCUCAUCCUCUGGUUUCUAUAGAAACACCCUUCCUCCUGUCCCCAAGUUACCUCCCCCUCCUCUUGUCUUUGAUGACCCAACUUCCGCAAGCAGUGGUGCAAGGAUUCUCCCAAAGCAGCAGCCAGCGCCGAGCAACAACACAGGGGACAGUGUAAUCAGCGGGAUGGUGGUCCACGACCAUCAACACAAGUCCAUGUUUCAUCCAGGCGACCCGCCGUUCGACCACGACCAACCACGGCAUCACCCUGCAGAUUUACACCCUCACGCAGACGACAGGCGUUACCAGGGGGAUCUUGAGCGGUACCAUGAUGACCUGCGCCAUCGUGAUGGCGGUUUCUAUCAAGACGAUCCUUACCGCCACCCAGAGGAUCCGUACUACAGGCCAGGCAGCCCUCCACACCACUACCCCCAAGAUCGAGGGCGCUUCACUCCCCCACACUCACCCUCAGAAGAUCCUUACUAUGCCCCUGAUUACCAACGACAUAGCCCCCCUCCUCCUCACUACACUCCUAGGAGACCACCACCUCAUCUCGAGAUCCGUCAUCCUGGCAUGCGGCCUCCACAUCGGCCCCCCCACCCAGCACACCCAGCACACCACCCUCACCCCAGAGGGCCCCCACGGGCACCGUUUCCUCGGUUCCAGGGGCCGGAUCCAAGGUUAAGAGGCAAACGUCCAAUUCCAAGAGGACGGGGGAACCCUGGUCCAAUGUUCCCCCCAAAAAGACCCUUUCCACCCCCACGGUACUGACUGAGCUUAAAGCUUUGAACUCUUUAAACCGUUGCGGGUGUGGUCCAGGACUGUGCUCAGGUCCACAUCCUGGCAUUGAAAUAAAAAUCUGAAAAGUAAAAAAGGGGGGCGCAUAAAGGUGCAGAGACUGAGGUGGAGGAUGAGGAGGAUAAGAUUGUACUGACGAAGAAAGAAACCAACAGCUACCUGAAGGAAAGCAGAAACCAUAUGACCGAAAAAAACCCAACGAAGAAUAAAAGAUGUAUAGACGGCAGCGGACGAACACCGAGAGAGAUGUAAAAGAAACCGGGGGCUCUGAGAGUGCUGCUGGGCUGAAAAGUGAAGACAGAAGAUGAAAGGAAAUAAGAGGUGGAUAUAUAUAAUUCACUUUUUGUGUUAUUUGCUCCACUAUGAAGCAUCGCAUUAAAUGUGUAAUUGAGCAUCAGUUUGACAUAGGUCAGAGUGUGUGCAUGGUAUGCGCGGGUGCAUGCGGUCAAAGUGUAAGUCAAAAAGUCACAGACCGUUCCUCAUUUUUAGUUAAGUCCGAAAAUGUAGUUAUUUUUGCUAAGCGAGUAGCAGAAGAAUGUAGUUGCUGCAAUGUUCCUGCUGUCAUUUAGUUUUUCAGUGACUACUUCUCUUCCAUAUCAGCAGUAUCCCAGCAGCUAAAAAACAUCAAUUUAAAUUUAACUUUUGGGGGGGA